AUGGAUUUUUUAAAAGCAGAAAUCGAAAAGAAACGUAAACUACUCGAAUCUGUAAAAUCUGAGGAUCAAGGAUCAAAAAAGAGGAAAUAUAUUCGUCGUUCGGAUCUAGAAAAGAAAAGAGAACAACAAUAUUUAUCUGAUCAAGCCGAACUAGAAAGAAAACGUGAGGAAAAACACCGAGAAAAAAAUAAAACGCUUUUACUACUUGCCGAACAAGAAAAAGCUGAAAAGUCGGCUUCAGAUAGCGAAGUUCAAAAAGAAGAGGAUGAUGGAAGCGAUACUUUUAAUAUUUCACCAGAUGAAGUAGUUCGUCGUUUAAGAGCGAAAGGUCAGCCAAUUCGCCUUUUUGGUGAAUCUGAUAAAGAUCGUAAAACACGUUUACGUGCUAUUGAACUUAUUGAGGAGCGAACCGAGGGACAACGUAAUGAUUUUAUGAGAACUUUGGAAGAAAUGGACACUAAUUUAGAUUUAGAAGCUUUAAAAAAACAACAAGACGUAGCAGAAAGUCGAACUUCAAAGAAAAAGAAACCAACGGAGGAUUCUGCUUUGGAUAAUACUCCAAUUAGCAUUGAACUCUUAGAAAAAGAUCCGGACAAACUCUAUAUUCUUAUUUAUACCUUUUUAAAGCGUUUAAUUCGUGAAUGGGAACAAGAAAUGAAUAAUCGUCCAGAUCAUGUUAAAAGGAGUAUGCAAGGCAAACUUGCUGCUGCCACACAAAAACAAACAGAUGAAUACAUGCAACCUUUUUUCAGAACUCUCAAGAAGAAGGUUGCUCACGUGCUUAACGAUGAGUCAACGCGUAAGUGGAUUCAAUCAAUUAAGAGAUUGAUGACAUUUUGCCAGUCAAAAUAUCCACCGGAAGAUAAUUCACAGCUCAUGGGGUGA